UCGGUCGGCGCGGCGUCUGCCCCCAGUGGCAGACGCCGCACUGGCAAGGGCAAGGGGGGCAAGGGAUGCGGGUGGAGCCAGAGGGGGCGGUGGAGGAGGCGGUGUGGGGUGGAGGGGGGAGUGGGGGUGGCGGGGGGGGUGGUGGCGGGAGUGGAGGUAGUAGUGGCGGCGGUGGAGGCGGAGGUGGCGGCGGAGGUGGUAGCGGAGGAGGGCGGUGGGAGCGGUGGGAGCGACGGUCCUGAUGGGGGAGGUGGCGGUGGCGACGGGGGUGGCGGUGGAGGCGGGGGUGGCGGUGGAGGAGGGGGUCGGAGUGGCUUCGUCCCAGCGGAGCAGCUCUGGGGGUGGUCAGCGCCAGCAGCAGCAGCAGCAGCAGCCGCAGCAGCAGCCGCAGCAGCAGCAGCGCUCUCGCACCGUCCCCGGCCCUCAGCAGCUCCGUGA